CGCAGAUACAAUAUAACUGGUGGAGCCUCAGAAACGAAAUGACAAAUGGUUGCAAUGGCCAUGCAAAACAGAAUCUCGAUCGGGCAACAGAGGUCGAUGAUCUCCUGACUUCUGUAAAAUCUCUUAUCAUCCCAUUCAUCGCUCGUGCGGAUCACGAAGACAGCCUCUCACUCGGAGGUGAUGGCGGGGUGUCUCCUCUUGUCGAAAGAUACAAGCCACAAGAACUGACGAAUCUGCUGGGGUUCCAAUUACCCCAAGAAGGAAAAGGCAAAGAUGGCCUCCUUAGCAUUGUGGAACGUAUACUUCACUACAGCGUGAAUACGUGGGAUCGGGGAUUUAUGCAUAAAUUGUCAGCCUCCACAAAUGCCGUCGGAUUGGUGUCCGAACUAGUUCUGAGCGUCCUGAACGCGAAUUUACAUGUCUAUGAAGUCUCUCCAGUGUUGACCACGAUCGAAAAGAAGACUGGCCGCGCUUUGGCGUUGCUCUUCAACCUUGUGGGCCCGUAUGCUGGAGGCUUAACUAUGCCAGGUGGUUCAGCCUCCAACACUACUGCGCUAGUUAUCGCGCGCAACGAACUCUUUCCGAAAACAAAAAGUGAAGGAUAUGGUGGGAAGAAGUUUGUCUUAUUUGCAAGUGCACAUGGUCACUAUUCGCUGGAAAAAGCCGCGCAGGUAUGCGGGCUGGGAAGUUCAAAUGCCUGGCUUGUCCCUGUAGACUCUCACUGCCGCAUGAUCGCCUCCGAGCUCGAGAGGCUGAUACGGAAAGCGCGAGAGGAAGGCUUUACCCCUUUCUUUGUGAGUGCCUCGGCUGGCACUACAGUUAUGGGAGCGUUUGAUCCUUUCCUAGAGAUUGCAAAGAUAUGCCGGAGAGAAAAGCUCUGGUUCCAUAUCGAUGCUUCUUGGGGCGGACCUGUGGUAUUCUCCGCCAAGCAGAAGCAUAAGUUGCGUGGAUCCGAGUUUGCGGACAGUGUGACGAUCAAUCCACACAAAAUGAUGGGAGUACCUUUGACAUGUUCCUUCUUGCUCGGCGCGGAUCUCAGAAGGUUUUGGCGCGCCAAUACUCUACCGGCAGGGUAUCUAUUUCACGAGAACAAUGGAGAGGAUGGCGGUACUUUCGAAACUGGUAUUGCGAACGGUUGUAACGGAGAAACUGACUUUGGCAUUGAUUGCUGGGAUUUAGCGGACCUUACCCUCCAGUGUGGUCGUAGAGGCGACGCUCUCAAACUAGCUCUUGGAUGGAUCUAUUACGGGAGCUCUGGUUACGGAGCCCAAAUCGAUAGGGCGUUCGACACAGCGGCACACUUCGCUUCCCUCGUCGCUACCAAUGGUGACCUUGAGCUUCUUAGUGAGAACCCGCCCCCUUGCUUGCAAGUAUGCUUCUAUUUCGCUCCUGGCGGUCACGCCGGCGAGGAUGAGUCCGUGAACACCAGAAGAACAAAACAAAUUGCAAGGGAAUUAGUAAAGCAAGGCUUCAUGGUUGACUUUGCGCCUGGAGAGAGGGGGCUUUUCUUCAGGGCAGUUGUUCAUCUUGUCACGACUGGUGCUACUGUGGAGGCUUUAGUAAAAGCCGUUGUGCAUAUAGGGAAGAAGAUCAAUUUCACGGAAUCUUAGAUAAAGUAGGAUGAUAAAAUGAGAAUGUGACAGCUACAGCAUUGCGUUGUUCUUCAGCAUUAGACCGUUCCAUGUCCAUUAUCACCUGGCUUUGAAGGAUAAUUGGUGUGAUUUGAGAGGGCAAAAGGUCUUGCCUUCCAAGUCUAAGGCAUCGGUUAAAUCUUUAGGAAGUUUGAUCUGCU